AUGGAAGUUAAGGUUCUGACGUACUACGCCGUGCCCUUUCCGAUCAACCCGGCGCUCUUCCGGCUGCUGCGCAUCGGCAAGCUCGCGCGGGCGCUGCGCAUGCUGCCGGUGACCAACGCGCUGGCGUCACUGCAGCUCCUCGUGAAGGGACUCACUGCUAGCAGGGGUAUGCUCUUCUGGAGCUUCUGCCUUCUGACCUUCCUGCAGUGCGUUGCCGGCAUGGUCGUCUCUACGCUGGUCCGUGAUUUCGUUACGGACGAAAACCAACCCAACAACGAGCGUGAGGAGGUCUUCCGCUACUACGGUACCUUCACCCGGACCUUCCUCAGCAUGUUUGAAAUCCUGUUUGCGAACUGGGGGCCUCCAUGUCGCGUUCUCGUGGAGUACGUUGGCGAGUAUUACUCGAUCUUCUUCCUGCUGUACCGCUGCGUUUUGGGCUUCGCCGUCAUCAAUGUGGUCAACGCCAUUUUCGUGCAACAGACCCUGAAGACAGCCAGCUCCGACGAGGAGCUGGCUUUCAAGAACAAGGAGAAGGACAUUGCCCUCUAUGCGAACAAGGUGAAGAAGCUGUUCCAGACCAUGGACUUCUCGGGCGACGGCGCGAUCAACCUGGAGGAGUUCUCCAAGCUGGUCAAGUCCCCGAAGCUGAAGUUCUGGAUGAGCCAGCUGGAGCUGGAGUAUCACGAUCUGCUGAGCCUCUUUGAGUUCUUGGACAAUGGGGACGGCGAAAUUACGCUGACCGAAUUCAUCGAGGGUGCCGCUCGCCUCCGGGGUGGCGCGAAGGCCCUGGACAUCUGGCGAAUGGAGACAAAGCUGGAGGUCCUCUUCGAGGAGGUGCUCACGAUCUUGAACUUCAUCAAAGGAGGUGCAAUGAUUCCGAACGACCCCUCCAUAUCGGUGGUGCAGGACGUCUUCAACAACUCCCUGUUUAAGCACAUCCAGAGCACGGCUCGGGGUCGACAGCGCUCUGCAGAAUAA